AUGGACGCAUUAAUACCUGCUUGUUCAUUGAGUGCAAGAGGCCUGACCAAGAGAAGAAAUGAGGCAAAAGUACCUGGAGCCAACGAAUCCAAGACGCCUUUCGCCAAGCUGGAAAAGUAUAUGCGGCAAUGGGGGAACCGGGACAGAACACGCACGGCUUACGGCAUUAGAACGCCGGGGUCUUCUAUUGAGUUGAAUGGUUACGGGACACCGCGCGACCGCUACUGGGAUCAACCCUUCGCUGGAUCCUCCAUUACACAGACCCAAGCAGUGAAGAAAACCGAUAACUCUGGUCUAGGUCUCUGA